AUGGCUGAGACGGAUUGGAGCUCCUUAACGAUGACGGCAGAGAAGUUGCAAGCAAACGCCAUUACGGAUACGGGUAUGCCGAGUGUUACCCGUAAUAUCCGACAACUGUUGGACGCUGCCGAGAACUUAUGGACUAAAGUCGGUGUCCCGGGCAUAGAAGCCCAGGGUAACGUGUUUUUGUGCAGCCGUGGCGUAGAUGCUCCGCAAGUACCCAAACAAUUAGAGAAACUGAACUCUACGGUCACGCUUGAUACGUUGGACCCAAAGCCCGACAUGGAUGUUGACAGUUUCGUGAAGAACGAAGUUCAAAACGCCAUACUCAGUUUAAUCGAAUCCGUGAAGAAAAGUAAUGAGGACUUCCUUGACGAAAGACAAAAAGACACUGUAAAUAAGAACUGGAAAAACAAAAAAAUCAACAUCAUCAACUCGUUUCCUGGUUAUAUGCCAAAUUCGUCUAUUUCUGGUUCAAACCAUACAAUGCCUUCUAUUACCAAGUUUAAUAGCACCAAUUUUGGUCUGAACGCUCACUUAGACCAAACUGAAUUGGUUUAUGCAAAACAUCUUUGUGAAUACAACCAGCACGUGGAAAACCAUGGAGUACAAACUGAUAUUUUACAAUCUUUCACAACGGCAGCAGAAAUUGCCCAUGAUGACCGUGUUAACGAAAUGUGGAAAAUAGUCAAAUGCAUGAGUCAGAUUGUUCCUGAACAUGGUUCCAAUCGCACUAGGAAUUCUGUAACCAAUCAAAACUCAAUGAUUAGUAAUGCAAGGUCCUAUCUAGAACAAAGAUAUAUUGUGUUUAUGAAAAGUUAUGUGAAGAGCCAUUUGUCCAAGGCAAAACUAGGCGGUAUUCCAGGAACUUAUCCACUUGUACGUAGUUUUGUCAGUGUUUAUAUUAAUCAGUACAGUAAUCCUAGUCAACUAUUUUAUGAUGGUCUUCCCUUUUGGCCUUUAUUAUACUAUUUGAUUCGCUGUGGCGAUUUGGAGUCUGUUGUACGUGUUUUAGAAAAAAAUAACCAGGAUCCAGAGUUAUUAAAUGUUUUUAUUUGUAUAAAAAACAAUCAUCAAUAUGCAAACUUAAACAAUCAUGGAUUCACUUCUUCAAUGGCUUGGGACUCUAAUGACCCAUUCAAACGAGUUAUUUAUUCAUUAGUGGCUGCUAUUGAUGUGACGAGUAAACAUUCAGACGUUGUCAAAACUACAGACGAUUACCUGUGGUUGAAAUUGUGUCAAGUAAGAAACGAUAAAGAUAAAUUCACAUAUCCAGUACUUCAAUCAACAAUUCUUGAAGAAUAUAAGGAUCAGUUUAGUGAGGUCCAACCUAUGUCGUAUUUCCAAUUGCUUUUCUUGACUGGUCAAUUUGAAUCUGCAAUUCAGUUUAUAUUCCGUCAUCCAAAACUCCGUUCUCAUGCUAUACAUGUAGCUAUUGUGCUAAAUGAAAUGGGUCUGUUGCAUUUACCUGAUGAUUUUGAUGAACCAAUUUUAUCCAAAGACAACAAUGAAAUAACUAGACUUAAUUUAGUGAGAAUGAUGAAAAUAUACUGUGCCAAUUUUGAAAAUCAAGAUCUUAAAAUGGCCUUUAACUAUUAUUAUUGUUUGAGAAACACUGAAUCCGAAGGUAUAACACUUUUUAUUUCGUGUGUUGCUGAUCUAGUAAUAGAAACUGAAGAGUAUGAUAAAAUGUUUGGAUACCUUAAACCAGAUGGCAAAAAACAAAAUGGCAUUUUAGAUUCAUUUACAGUAUCAGAUACAGUAAAAAUGGAUAUAAUUAGAACAACAGCUACACUCGCGGAACAAAAAUGUGAUCUUGAGGUGGCUGCUAAAUUAUAUGAAUUGGUUGGUAAAUACGAUAAAGUAAUAGAACUGGCAAACAUUAUGUUGAGCAGGAUCAUCCAGCCAGACACAUACUCCUCAUUAGAUAAGACUCCCAACAUGAAGAACAAAGUAUUUGACUAUGUAGAAUUAUUAAGUCAACGAUUGAUUGGAAUCGAAAUAAAUGUUUCUGAUGAAGCCAUUUUCACAUUUAAUCUAUUGAAAAGUGUUUUUGUGUUUUUUGAACAGUAUUACAAUCACAAAUACACUAAAGCAUUUGAUGUUCUACAGACUAUUGGACUGGUUCCUUUGUCAGUUGAUCAGGUCGAGGAGAGACUUAUAGCAUUUAAAAAGUACAAUGAACUAAUAUUAAGAAUUGUACCUGGAGUUUUAACAGCCACAAUGAAUAUGUUGUACUCACAAUAUAGUGACAUUAAAAAAGAAGAAACAAAAAAGCAUAUCAGGGACCCGGAACAAAGACAGGCGCAGUUAGAAUAUAUCAGGGAAAAAGCAAGAGCUAUAACAUCUUUUACUGGUCGUGUUCCUUUCCAAAUAAAUUCUGAAGUCAUAAACCAUUUAGUACAAACAGAAAUAUUACUUUACUAG